AUGCCAGCCGAUCUCACGAAGCCAAGCGGUUCAACUCGUCUUCGUCGUGCCGGUCGGAAGGACAGCGAGGAGAUCAGGUUCGAGAGCAGUCGCGAGAUUGAACUGAAACGCAGUAGGGGCGAGAUUUCAUGCGCGGAGUGCCGUAGAUUGAAAAUCCGUUGCGAUAAAACCAUCCCAUGUCAAUCAUGUCAGAGGAGAGGGUGUGCAACACUAUGCCCCAAUGGGAGCCUUGCCACCGGACAGGGAACUCGCUUUGUUCUAGCUGCUACAGAACAUCUCCACCAACGGAUUGCGAAAAUGAACGAGCGAAUACGACAAUUAGAGGAUGCCCUCGCAAUAGCCCAUGCAAAGUAUUCUAACGAGCCCCAUCCUUUGCUAACUGGCGACAAAGCAACCGCUUCUGCAGAGCAGGAAGAGGACCUACCCAUAUCUCGGAAUGUACCUACUAACAUCCGGGACGCUAUUGACGCGUUCGGAACAUUGUCAGUUUCCGACCAUGGUGUCUCAAGAUUCUUCGGCCCAACAGGAGGAGCUGAGUAUCUCCUUACCGUGGACAGCGACGCAGCAUGCACAUCCUCCGACGCUGACGGUGCAUCCCCUGAAUCAAUACGAGAUUCGGAAAGUCCUCCUGCUCUGGGGGAGCUCCUGCGCUUCUCCUCUGCCUUCCCGUUCACACCCACGGGUAACUCUCAUGCAGUGUUUGAACUUGUUGAGAGCCACCUGCCACCAUAUGAGCGUGCAUCCCAGCUCGUGGAGAUGUACAUGGAGCGCGUCGCCUGGAUGUUCAAUGGAAUCACGCGAGAACAGGUCGUCGGAGAGAUGCUCCCUUAUUUCUAUCGUCGACCCACAGCAGAUCCAUCGUCAACAGUGGGCUAUUCUGGUCCUCAUGCACUUAGCCUGCUGUUCUUCAUCUUCGCUGUCGGAGCGCUGGUAGAUCCUCAGCAAGAGCAGUCGCAUGCAGAAGGGGCACACUAUCAGCAGCUUGCCAAUGCUGCAUUAUGUCUUGAGCCCGUGAUGGCGAAGCCCGCUCUUGUAACUAUUCAGGCACUUCAUCUGUUUAGUGUCUACAAUGCCAUGGCAGAUAAUGGUCCUGGUGACAGCGAGGCUAGUAUGGAAAUGUCUUGGGGUCUGUUCGUGCUUUGCGCUCAGUUGUCCCACAGCAUUGGCUUGCAUCGAGACAGCGCAAGGUGGGGCUUGAGUCAGAAGGUCGUCCAUAGACGUCGUAUCUUGUUCUGGACCCUGUUCACGGCGGAUGUGUGGCAGAGUCUUACCACAGGUCGCCCUCCAUCAUUCUCGCGUCCAUACUUAGAUUGCAAGUAUCCUUACUAUGAGAAAAGUAUGCGUGAAGACAGCGAAGCCGUACUAGACCACGCCUCGUGGCACUGUCUCUUUACAGCAGAGUGCGUAGCAGAGGUAGCGUCCAAGACCUUAACAGCGGAAGGUCCCUCCUAUGAUACCAUCAUGGAACUCGAUCAUCUAGUGCGCGAUUUUCCUCAAGCUCCCGGUGAAGCAGAAAUGCUCGAAGAACGAGAAUCCCAAACAAAUAAUACAUCGCUACCUGUACCAACUUCCAUGCAGCGGUUCAUUUUGGCACACUCCCGAGAAGUUCUCCUGUUGUACAUCCAUCGCAGCUUCUUCGCUCAGGCCAUCAUCGAUUGUCCCGCAAAUCCUCUCCGAAGUGCAUACGCAUCUUCGUUCCUGACUGCGUAUAGAUCAUCGUGCACAAUCAUUAAAGUGAUCCGCGAUCAGUUCGCCAUUUAUCCGGGUGUGUGCGCACGAAUUUGGCCAAUCUGGACGUACGCCUUUUCAGCUGCCGUCGUCUUCGGGACAGUGGUGGUCCGAGGGCCACGGUCACCCUUAGCUUCUGCUGCGAUGGUGCAAUUAGAUCUGGCUUCCGUUUUGUUCAAACAGGCGGCAAAUCAUUCACCUCGCGCUGCCAAAGCUCAACCCAUUAUCAUGAGGCUUAGCGAGAAGGCUCACAGCUCUCUAUCUGGGGCGCAGAAUAAUCCCUCCGCCGAGGGCGCAUACAAUGGCUCCCUAUGGAAUGUGAACACCGAAGAUUUCGAAGAUGAACUGGAAAUUUUCGCGGGCCGGACAAAAUUGGUGGCUUCCAAGCGGCUGUCUCAUUCGCCUUCGCAGCAUCUUGACCAAUUGCGUCAGCCAUUCGCGGAGGCGCCAUCCUUUGACCAGCAAGCGCCCCCGAUGGCACCCUCGGCACCACCAGCGUCUUCCUCGCUACAAGUUCCGGUCGCCCCGACUCACUCCGGAUGGAGGUUAGAUGAAACCCUCUCCUCUACAUCUUUUUCAGACUGCCGCACUUCACAAGGAUCCUAUAGACCGAUUGAAAUUGACCACUCCCAGCCAUCGACAACGUAUGCAUGGUCCCAACAGUCUCACAGUCUUCCUCAACAGACUCAGACGCACGAUGAUACUGAGGCAGCCUCGCAGUAUCACACACCGCAGGGUAGUGCUCAACCUUACCGCGAUCGCGGCCAGAUGUAUCCCCCCGAGCCAGUGUAUGCGGGUGUCCAGCAGCAAGGCUACUUAGCUCCGACAGAGCUGGUCGACUUGGGACUUACGUCGAGGAAUUCACGGCUAGACGAGAGAUGGACGUCCUUCAUGCACGAGUCUGGCUUCCUUGACGGCGUAAACUACAGGUCGUGA